AUGGUUGAUACUCGUGUGACAGUGAUUCAUGUCCUAGAGGAGGCACGCAUUGCAGAACUACAGCGCCAAGAACAGGAACGUCUGAGAGAAGAGGCAGGCAUUGCAGAACUACAGCGCCAAGAACAGGAACGUCUUAGAGAAGAAGCACGCAUUGCAGAACUACAGCGUCAAGAACAGGAACGUCUUAGAGAAGAAGCACGCAUUGCAGAACUACAGCGUCAAGAACAGGAGCGUCUAAGGGAGGAGGCACGCAUUGCAGAGCUACAGCGCCAAGAACAGGAGCGUCUAAGGCAAGAGGCGCGCAUUGCAGAUGAACAAAGACAGGAACAAGAGCGCAUUUUGGAAGAGACCUGUAUAGCUGAGCAAAGGCGUGUAGAUCAACAGCGUUUAAUUGAGGAAGCACGUAUUGCUGAACAGCAGCGGCUGGAAGAACAACGGCGUGAAGAAGAGCGAAGAAAGGAAGAAGUGCGUCUUAAAAAUGAGCGCAUGCUUGAACAGCAACGUCUUGAAAAGCAAAGAGUUGCAGAACAGAAACGCCAAGAGCAGCUACGUAUUAUGGAAGAAAAACGUAUUGCACAGGAGCAAGAGCAGCGACAAAGGUCAGAGCAGUUGUUACAUCAGCAAAUAAAGAGACAAGAAGAACAGGGAGGUGAAAAUCUGUAUGACGAAGGUCUGAGAAUUCCUGGAAUAGAUGACAAUACAGAGGUGGAUGAGGAAUUCAUUGAGCAAGAGAAGGAACGUAUAUUGUUGCAACAGCAGGAACGCCUUCAACAAAUGCAGAAACGUGAGAAAGAGAAACAAAAGAAAGCCUUGCAACAGCAACAGAUGUUAGCAGAUGAGCAGAUGAGAAAUGAGCUAGCAAGAGAAAAAGCAAAAGAAGAAGAAUUGUAUUGGGAACAGCAACGCGCACUUCAUUUGCAGGAAGAGGAAACAAAAGUACGCCAACAACAACAAAUGUUACAAGAACAACGGGAGCAACAACAUAGGGGUGCCUUGCUAAGAAGUCCACCAGGCAGAGUUCCAACUGGUCAGCCUGCUCCAAAUGACAAGCCAUUUUUGCAUCAAAUUCCUGGACAGAAGCCUCCAUCUCUAAUGUCCAAAGAAGUAAAGCCAGCACUCCGUCCACCUGGAGUAGAUGAUGAUGAUGAUGAGGAAGACGAGGAUGAUAAUGAAGAAGAGGAGAAGGCCUCUGAAAGCAUCCGCCUACCUCAGGCUCUGGAGAAAGUGCUGCAGUUUAAAGAUGUUCGUGCUCAAGAAAUUGGCGGAACAGAGGAUGAUGAUAUGCAAAUUGAGGCUGAAGAUGAGAAUGAAGUGCCGCCACAGGAAGAGGAGGAUGAGGAUGAAGAAGUGGAAAAGGAGGUACCUAAAGAGAAGAAACUUACUAAAAACCAGAGGCGAAAAAAGAAAAAGAAGAAGAGGCAGGCUGUAAGACGGCAACAACAACAAGAUGAAUCAAGAAAAGCAGAUGAUAAAGAUGGUGAAACUGAAGAUGUUGUAGUGGAGUAUAUACCUGAAACUUUAGAUGUGAUAGAUCCCACAUUCAGGGAGUUUAGAAAAGUCUUUGAAGCAUUUAAGCUGGCAGAGGCUCCGAAAGUAGAACCUAAAAAAGCGGAGCAAGUACCUGCAGUGAAAGCAAAGGAAACCAAGAAGGAGACGGAAAAGAAUGAAUCCGAUUCAAGCAGCGAUGAAGAAGACAUGAGUAAGGUUGAAGAUGAUACCCCAAAGAUAUCAAAAAAGAAACUACGUAAGUUGAACCGUUUAAGUGUUGCAGAGCUGAAGCAGUUGGUUUCAAGACCAGAUGUAGUAGAAAUGCAUGAUGUCACUGCUAGGGACCCCAAGUUAUUAGUUCACCUGAAGUCAAGUAGGAAUACGGUGCCUGUUCCAAGACAUUGGUGUUUCAAGAGGAAAUAUCUACAGGGCAAGAGAGGUAUCGAGAAACCCCCAUUUGAACUCCCAGAAUUCAUUAGGAGGACUGGUAUUAUGGAAAUGAGGCAGGCCCUUCAAGAAAAGGAAGAUCAACAGACAAUGAAAACCAAAAUGCGACAGAAAGUGCGACCCAAGAUGGGCAAGAUAGAUAUUGAUUAUCAGAAAUUGCAUGAUGCAUUCUUCAGAUGGCAGACGAAGCCAAAAAUGACAAUCCAUGGUCAGCUGUACUACGAAGGCAAGGAGUUUGAAACGAAACUUAAAGAGAAGAAGCCAGGUGAUAUUAGUGAUGAUCUCCGAGUUGCUCUCGGGAUGCCUGUUGGCAGCACAGCACAAUCAGUUCCUCCUCCAUGGCUGAUUGCCAUGCAACGAUAUGGACCGCCACCAUCCUAUCCAAACCUCAAGAUUAUGGGCCUCAAUUCUCCUAUUCCAGAGGGAUGUUCAUUUGGGUACCAUGCAGGUGGUUGGGGUAAACCCCCUGUAGAUGAAACUGGGAAACCCCUCUAUGGAGAUGUAUUUGGAACCAAUGCAAGUGAUUUCAAGAUUGAGGAGGAUGAAGAACCGCCAGAAAUGGCACCAUGGGGAGAAUUAGAGAGCGAAUCGGAAGAAGAGUCGGAUGAAGAGGGCUCGGAGGAUGAAGAGGAGGAGAAACCAGAUGACACUGGGCUCAUCACGCCAGCCGAUGGUGGGCUUAUCACACCCAGUGGGGUGACAUCCGUGACAGCAGGUCUAGAAACACCGGAGAUGAUUGAGCUUAGGAAAAAGAAGAUAGAAGAUGCUAUGGAUCAAGGAGGCGAAACCCCCGCGCUUUAUACCAUCCUGCCGGAAAAGAGAGCCAAUGUUGGAGGAGCCAUGAUGGGAUCCGCUCACGUCUAUGACAUUGGUGCUGCUGCCAAGAAACCAGGACAGUCUGGAUCAGAAGUAGUAGCUAUUGCCCUCGACCCCAGUGAGUUGGAUCUUGAUACCGCAGCCAUGGCGGCUAAGUAUGAGGAGCAAGUAAGAGAACAGCAAUCACAUCUUGAGAAAGAAGACUUCAGUGACAUGGUUGCAGAACAUGCUGCUAAACAAAAGAAUAAGAGGAAAAAGCAAACACAAGAUACUGGACGAGCACCCAAGAAAUACAAAGAAUUCAAAUUUUGA